UGUAUCGUUUCCGACUUCCGUACCCUUCCUGUCUAUCUUUCUCCCGUCUUAAUAUAAAACAAAAAUAAGAAAACCGACAAAAAAAAAAAAAAAAUUUGCCCUCGUCUUCACAGGCACUUCGCCUCCAUUUCUUGAUAAAUUACGAAGAACUCUGCCCCAAAUCUUGGUUUCUCAAGGUUGCAAGAUCAUUCAUUGACUCCAAAUAAUAAUGUCAGUUCUCAUUGAAGGUCUCCCUGAUGCUGUUGCUAUACGAUGUCUUGCGCGGGUCCCAUACCACCUGUUUCCAAAACUAGAAACCAUUUGUCAUUCAUGGAGGGAUGCGGUUCGAAGCAAUGAACUAUUCAAAGCCCGUGAAGAAGUCAACUCAACCGAAGACUUUUUAUGCGUCUGCGCUUUUGACCCUGAAAACGUAUGGCAGCUCUACGAUCCAAAUCAUGUCAUUUGGAUCACUCUCCCAAUCCUUCCUUCAAAAGUCAGAAACUUGGCCCAUUUCGGGGUUGUUUCAACCGCCGGAAAACUGUUUGUUCUUGGUGGCGGCAGUGAUGCCGUUGACCCUUUGACCGGCGACCAAGACGGGAGCUUUGCCACCAACGAGGUGUGGGCGUACGACCCGGUCCUCCGGUGGUGGGCCCCACGUGCCGCCAUGAUUGUCCCCCGGGCGAUGUUCGCGUGUUGUGUGGUGAACGGGAAGAUAGUGGUGGCUGGUGGUUUCACCACCUGCCGGAAAUCGAUCGCGAAGGCGGAGGUUUAUGACCCGGAAAAGGAUGUUUGGGUUUCCAUCCCGGAUCUUCACCACACCCAUAACUCGGCGUGUUCCGGGGUGGUGAUCGGUGGUGAGGUUCAUGUGGUGCACAAGGGCUUGACCACGGUUCAGGUUUUGAAGAAGGAAGGGUGGCGGGUUCAUGAACAUUCGUGGGUGCAUGGUCCGAUGACUGUGGUUAAGGGGUCGUUGUAUGUGAUGAGUCAUGGAGUUAUUUACAAACAAGAAGGGGAAUCAAGGAAAGCGGUGACUUCGGCUUCGGAAUUCAAGAGGAGAAUCGGGUGUGCUAUGAUGGGAUUCCGGGAUGAUAUUUAUGUGAUUGGAGGUGUAAUUGGACCCGAGGGAUGGAAUUGGGAUAUUAAGAAAAUGUCGGAUGUUGAUGUUUUGACAUUGGGGAGUGAGAGGCCCGUGUGGCAGAAGGCACCUCCUAUGACUCGGUGUCGGGGAAUGAUUCUCGGGUGUGCCAAGUUGAGAAUUUAGGUUUUGUUUGGCUCCCGAUUGUGUCUUUUCUUUUGUUAUGAACUAAAACUGAAAAUAGCAUCGUUGUAUACAGUAUAUUUUUCCUUGAUCAAAAUAUAUCUAGAUCCAAAAACAAUAAUUACAGCAUAUCAAA